CAGAGCACAGGCGUAAUUUUGCGUUAUAACAACAGGCGGCGGAGGAAAGACAUAGCUAAAAUUUGAAAAACCGAAUUUUUUUUUAGUUAACGUUUUCCAAAAUGAGUAUAGGCGUUCCGAUCAAAGUGCUGCACGAAGCCGAAGGGCACAUAAUAACGUGCGAAACUGUAGACGGAGAGGUCUACCGUGGAAAACUCAUUGAAGCCGAGGACAACAUGAAUGUACAGAUAACGCACGUACACGUGACAUAUAGAGACGGCCGCGUUGCCCAAAUGGAAAACUGCUACGUUCGUGGUUCAAAAGUUCGGUUUAUAAUACUGCCCGACAUGCUACGGAACGCACCGAUGUUUAAAAGCAAAGCGACCAUGGCUGGGGCCUCCGGCCGGGGGAAAAGUGGCAUGAUUCGAUCGUCAGUUGGUCGCGGUCGAGGACGUGGUGGGCCACCAAUGGGCCGUGGUGGACCAUCGAUGGGACGUGGAGGGCCUUCUGCAGGUGGAUCAUGGGGCCAACGUCGUUGAUGUUUAAAUUUCAAAAGUUGCAUGUAAUGUACAUUUUUUUUUAAGGUAUCAAGCAUACCUAGCUGAUAAUUUAACUAUGAUUAUAUAAAUUAGGUAUACAUUUAUGAGUUAAUUUAAAUUUAACUAAAUCAUCAAAUAUUUUCAUAAUUUAACUAUUUUAACUUUACUCUUAUUUUAAUUCAAAUAUAUGAUAUGACUAUAUUUUUAUUCAUAGAAAAUGUAUUACUUUAAAAUGAUUUCUUUUAAUAGAAUUAAUUAAUAAUUGUAUUAUUUUUCUCGAAUGUAUUCAAAAGAUAUUGGAAGGUAUAGGAUCGUGCCAAAGGUGACAUUUUACAAAAUAAACUUUUUUUUU